AACGUACAAGUAUAAAUGAAAAGGGCACGCAUUGCGUUUUCUAUUUUUUACUUCUUCGGUGCUGGUUUACAAUGGGCUACAUGAUGUUUGGCUUUGUACAAGCACUCAAAAGCACACGAUUUACACCCAAACAAAAUGUCUUAACCCAGCGUUUCUACAUUACCUCUACACCUGCAAAAAACAAAGUCGGCGCUGUGGAGAGUGUAUUUGUGAUGGCCUUUAUCUCGAUUGCCGUCCUUGGUCCGGCUGGAUGGAUCCUAUCCAACUCAUGUGACUCCCACAGAAAACGGCCAUGACAGAGAAGGAUGUCUCCAGAUGAAUACCAGACGCAUCUUUAAAGUGUAGUGGAUUGAGUUAUACAUGAUGUUUAUACAUUUUACCCAAACCUACUUUAAGUAUCCAUCAGUCUGCAUAAGGUGCAGUUUGUUGGGUAAAUCGAUGUAAAAUGAGCAUUUAAAUCAUUGUGUUGUCUGAGAUUA